GGGAGGCUGACGCAGACCUGAGGCGCCAGGCAGUAGAAUCUGAUCCCCGAAGCAGUUGAGAUGAGUCGUGACUCAUGAACAAGCCUUCCCAGACGUCCCAAUUCAUCGGAUCUCUGCUGCUGCUCAUGUGUUUGCCCUUGGGUGGUGCGGUUCUGCAAAGGCACAGCGGCGUGUGGAGGCUAAUCACGGCACUGUCGCCCUCUUUCAUCACGCCCCGUGCCACUCCCUUCGGCGUCGGCUUCGUGCGCCGGUCUGUAAGCAGCAGCAGCAGCAGCAGUGAGUCUGCCAGUGAGGGCGAGGGCGGCGAGAGCAUCCCGUCGAGCUUUCGGUUGACGCACUUUGUGGGUGUGCGAGUGGACAGUCAUGAGAUACAAACGCACGCGGAGAGCCUACAAGAGUGAGCUCAGCUGAAGGGGAGAAGCAAACACCUCUGAUGGUAUUAGCGGUGUGCGGUGUGCGUGCAGCUAUGUGGUUGGCGAGCAUCCUCACUUGGACGGCUGCAGGAUCCCACUGCAGCGCCUGCACAUCUCGUCAGCCAGCACAAGCACCGAUAUGCUCUCUCCUCGCACACCACUAACUAACGUGCUCACACGAAAUGCUCUCGAUCGCCGGCCUCCCUGUGUGUUGCCUGCCUGCCAGUUUGCUUGUGUGUGGCCUGGAGAGCCAGGACCUGGUCGAGAGGGCCACAGAUGCACUGCAAGAAGGUGGGUGUCUUUGACGGUGGCUGGCACGGCAUGUGUGCAUUGGUCUGCGGGUGCUUCUGCUGGUCGUUUUGUUUGGCUCUAGUGCACGCCCUUCUGCAACAAGGCGACAAUGGGCUUGGCCUCGCGCGGCCUUUCGAACUGACGGUGCCUGGCCUCGGCAGCUUCGGUCGGUGAGCGAGCGGACCACACACACUCAGAGAGAGGUACACCACGCAUACCAUCACUCCAUCAUUGAUUGUGCUAUGCUGCCUGUGUGUGUUGGUUGGGUUGGCCAGGGCGACGAGUGCUCUACGGUUGUGUCGAUGAUGCGGCAUCCGAGCGGCUGGCGGCUUUGCAUCGGCUGAUGGGCAAGGUGUUCGUCAGGAGAGGGAUCCCCUUUGUGGGCCACCAGGCCUUCCAACGGUGAGUGAGGGAGGGAGAAGGCAAAAAAUAGAUGAACGGGUGGAUGGAUGCAGACGUGAUGGUUCAUUCUGCCUGCCUGCAGGGACUCGGAUUGCCCUGCCCCCUUUACGCCCCACCUGACUAUUCUCAAGACAUCUCAGGGCGUCAGGCGGCUCAGAAAACUCCGAAGCGACGAACGACGGUAUCUAAGAUGGAUGCCGACCCUGUCGCGUCGCCGUCCCCCUUCAUGUGUGUCCAUGUCCGCAGGCCUCUCCGUCAGCAGCUCGAGAAGCUUGGCAUUCCGUCAGUCGAUGAAGACAAAUGGAGGCAACAGGUGCUGUGCAGUCUAUGACAGAGAAGACGCGUCACCUGUAUCCGAUGACUGACUAUGUGCAAUUUCUCUUCUCCAGGCGGGGCUGGCGAGUGCUGGGGCGGUUCUCGGUUGUCAGUCGGUGCACUCCAUCGAGCUCUUGAGCAUGCAGGGACAGGUCAGGUGGGCGGGGGUGCAUGGGGUGACGCUUUUUGUUGUGAUGUCGCUGUCUGUAAGUGCAGGCUGCUGACGGCUACUACCCUCGGGUGCACUCUCUGAAGCUUCAACAGUGACUGCAUUGCGUGGUGUGUGAAGAGGUCGACUGACGUAAGGACAGAACAAUAUGUAUGCUGUCGGACUGAAAAACUUUCAUUCGUUGAGUCGGCUUGCCUGCCUUGCGUGUCAAAAAGAAGAUGAGUCCGCGUGUGUCCAUGCCAUGCAGUGCACUUCAUUCAUGUCAAACAGUGUGUGAG